AUGGCACACCCAUCACAAUUAGGUUUUCAAGACGCAGCCUCUCCAAUUAUAGAAGAAUUACUUCACUUCCACGACCAUACCCUCAUAGCCGUUUUUCUUAUUAGUACGCUAGUUCUUUACAUUAUUACUAUUAUAAUAACUACUAAACUAACUAAUACAAACCUAAUGGACGCACAAGAGAUCGAAAUAGUGUGAACUAUUAUACCAGCUAUUAGCCUCAUCAUAAUUGCCCUUCCAUCCCUUCGUAUCCUAUAUUUAAUAGAUGAAGUUAAUGAUCCACACUUAACAAUUAAAGCAAUCGGCCACCAAUGAUACUGAAGCUACGAAUAUACUAACUAUGAGGAUCUCUCAUUUGACUCUUAUAUAAUUCCAACUAAUGACCUUACCCCUGGACAAUUCCGGCUGCUAGAAGUUGAUAAUCGAAUAGUAGUCCCAAUAGAAUCUCCAACCCGACUUUUAGUUACAGCCGAAGACGUCCUCCACUCGUGAGCUGUACCCUCCUUGGGUGUCAAAACAGAUGCAAUCCCAGGACGACUUCAUCAAACAUCAUUUAUUGCUACUCGUCCGGGAGUAUUUUACGGACAAUGUUCAGAAAUUUGCGGAGCAAACCACAGCUUUAUACCAAUUGUAGUUGAAGCAGUACCGCUAACCGACUUUGAAAACUGAUCUUCAUCAAUACUAGAAGCAU